AUAAAGGUCGUCUUUGACGUGUGAUGCUACCACUGAUCUCCCGGUCUCUCUCGAUUAAACAAUAUGAAGCUUAUCGUUCUUGCCUGCCUUGCCGCCGUGGCUGUUGCCACUCCUCAGUUCGAGGACCGAGUGGUCGCCCUCCUUCGUGAUGACCGCGUAGCCAACGAAGACGGCACCUUUUCCUAUGCCGUGGAAGCCGACAACGGCAUCAACACAGCCGUUGAAGGAGUCGUCGGAUCAGCUGGUCAGAUCAACCAGGCGGGAUCUUACACCUAUACCCUUGCGGAUGGCACCCAGGCUGUGGUCACCUUCAUCGCCAACGAGAACGGCUUCCAGCCCCAGUCCGACAUCCUGCCCACUCCCCACCCUCUUCCUGCCCACGUCUUUGAACUGUUGGAAAUCGCCGAGCGUCAGCGUGCCGCGGGCAUCGUAUUCAACUAAGAGAAUGGAAAAGUAAAUUAAAUGUAUGGGUGGGGAACGAAGCCGACGUAAUAAACUUUACGAUACCUUA